UGAGGAAGUUUAUUGUUCAACAAAGAAGAAAGUCUUAACACGUACAAAGCGGCUAUGAGAAGCAAGUAUUACAGUCAGUUCAUGGUCUUCGUGAUAAUAACAGAGUUAUUGCUAUGAGAAAGCAUAAUAUGUAAUGCUUAUAUUAGAAAAUGUUACAGUAUACGAUAUAGUUCUUGUCGAACGUUUGAGUUAAAUUGGGGAGAUACGUACGUUAGCCGUAUUUUGGCUAGUUAGCUAACAUUGUACUAGCAAGUUCCUAACUACGUCAUUUCAAACGUUUGUUAAAACCAGUAGUUACACUAGUUAACGUUAAUUAGGAAGGACAGACACCUGUAUUGCAUUAGCUAAUUGAGCCUAACAUACGUUUGGCAUUUCAGACUCUGCGUGGCAUAACCCCGUACGGAGUCAGUACAGUUGGGAGGAGUGUCAGGUGUUACAACAUCUUCAGCUAGAUAUUCAGUCAUCAUUGCCGAGGACAACACGCUAAAGUUACCGGUAGUAACUAACGUCUGACCUGUAACACUUAUAAAGUUUUGAAGAAUGUCUUUGGCUGACCAAAGCCAGCAGUGGUAUCCCACAAGCGUACAGGUAACGGUGUUUCAAGCCAGGAAUUUGAGGAUUAAAGGCAAGAAUGGAACCAACGAUGCCUAUGCCAUCAUGCAGGUGGCCAAAGACAAGUUUUCAACCUCGGUUGCCGAAAAAUGUAUUGCACCUGUAUGGAAGGAAGAGGCAACGUUUGACCUGCCGCUAUUCCACCAUGGCAAUGCUGAACGUUGCACUUUGUAUGUAAUAAUAAUGCACCGGGCUCUAGUGGGACUGGACAAGCUUCUGGGACAAGCUGUGGUCAACCUCCUGGAACUUCACGAUAACAAAAGCCGCAAGAAAACUGAUUGGUACAAACUGCUGGACAAGAAUGGGAAGGAGGACAAAGUCAGAGGGGAGGUUAUGUUAGACAUUCAGUUCAUGAGAAACAACUUGUCAGCCAGCAUGUUUGACCUAUCCCUGCAAGACAAACCACGCUCCCGCCUUGGAAUGCUCAGGGACAAAGUCCGUGGCAAGAAGAAGGAUAGCUUUUCUGACUCCGCCUCUGCGAUAUUGCCUUCGUCUAGCCGGGUACUGACUGACAGCGAUGGAGAGGGUGACUCCCACUCUGUGUGUUCGGAGUCCCCUGGGGCCAAGAAGAAAUCCAAGCUCAAAUCCAUCUUUGCCCAUAAAUCUAAUCUGCAACGUAAUGUCUCUCAGUCCAUGUCAACACUAGGCACUCUUCCUGAGAAGAACAUGUCCCUAAGUGGCAGUCGCUCCUCUGGCCUCAAUGUGGAUUCUCCUGAUGUCAAAAAGAAGUUCAAGUUCUUGGGCCACAAGCGCACGGGUAGCAAUGACAGCAAGGUGUCCAUAGGACCUUUCUCUCUCCUCGGUAGAUCCAAGCAGAAAGAUGACCCAAACAGCACGUGCAUCAACGGCAACCAUGUGUAUGCUGAGGAGGUCGAGCCCAAGUCUGGAUCCACCCUCAGCCUCAGCAGCUCUGGUCAGGGCUCUGUGGAGGAUGUACGCAACCGGAGGCACCCUUCUGAUGCCUCUAUAGAAUCCCUCAAGGGCCUCUCUGUCCCCUCUUACAAGAAAGAUUCUGAAGAUGGGGAUAGCGCUCUACUGGAGCAACGUCGCCUUCAUGAGGAGGAAGAAAAGAGACUGGCAGAGGCAAAACACAAAGUGCAGCUCAAGAUACUGCAGGAGGAGGAAGAGGAGAAACACAAGCAACAGGCCAAGCAGGAGAUGAGAAGGUUCCAGGAGGAUGAGGCGAAAAGAAAGAUGCAGCGGGAAGAGGAAGAAAAGAGGCGAUGUGAGGCAGAGGAGCUUCGUAGACUGGGGGAGGAGCAGAGGCAGCAAGAAGAGGCAAAGAGAACAGAGGAGCAGAAGCGACAAGAAGAGGCCUCUGUGUCUGAGAGGCUGUCCUCUCUAUUUGGUAUGAUCAGGAAGAAGGAGGAGAAGAAAGAUAACUCAGUGGCGGAGAGACCCAACCAAGGUCUGAAACACUCUACAGAUUUGGAGGUUCUUGCGCCUCCCCAUUCUACCAACCCAUUUGAGGAGAUCCCUCUCAGUUCAGAGCCUCCAAAAAAUUUGGAGAAGAGCCUGGGGGACCAGCAGAAGGGUGUUCACAGCCCCAACACAGCCCCGACUAGUGCUGCAGUCUUCCUCAACUCCAACCGUACUGCCAAGGUGUCUGCUGUCAAGCCAAGAUUGGUGGAGUCUCUAAAGCAGCCUGAAACCCCUGACCUAGACUCCUAUAGUCAGGAAUAUUCCUUCCAGUCCUGCGCAGAAUCCCCUCUCUCUAGCGUCCCCUCCGAAUCUCCUGACAUGUUCUCCAACCUUCACUCCUCCCUGGCUCCUCCUAAAGCAAGGAAGAGUAGCUCUACAUCCUCCACCAGCAGCGCUGAGAACCUGAAUGCCAUAGGAUCUUCACCCGACAGGCCUGACAAGAAGCGACGAGCUCCUCUGCCCCCCAGCCCAUUUGAGCCAAAAAGCCAUGAAAACCCCAAUUCAGACUCCAGAAUUGUCUUAUCUAAGUCUUCAGAUGGAAAUGGACAUCUUGUUGCAAUGAAUGAGGUUGAUUCCAAAAGGCAGCCUCUACAUCUUCCUGACUAUGAUAGCCUGUUUCCACAGAAGAGGCAUGGUAUACAAGGACAGGUUCGAUGGGACAAUGUCAUUGCAGAGGUGAAUCGAAGACAGAAGGAAUAUACACCCCAGCUCAUUGGUGAAGAAAUGAGUGUGGAUGGACCGGACCUCGACUCUCCAACCCCUCUACACAAUAACAAAUAUACCUACUUCCCGGAUAGCGGCGCUGAACCCCUAAAGCAGCAAUCGUCACAAGUUCAGAGAAUUCAAUCUGUGUCUUCAAGAGUGAGUACUGACAGUUUUCCAGUUGUCAUCCCACCUUCCAAUCCUGUACCCAAAGCCUCCCAUAGAUUAGUGGGAGACUCCAAUACAAAGCAAGACCAGAGCACUUCACAGUCUGAGAGAAACCGCAUCUUGGCCACCAAUUCCUUGGUCUCAUCAAAUCCCAUGGUUCACAGCCGAGACGUACCCUUUACAAAACCUUUGGAGGAUGCAAGAAAGGUGUUAAACGUAUCCGUUGCUUCAACCAGUGACCGCAAAUCUGAUGUGCCAUUAGAACAGCCGUCUAGACCUACACUAAGGGAGAGGACCAAAGUUCUGCCAAACCUUCCCAAUGAGAUCCCCAUAGCCAAACCCAGACAAAGGAUAGUCCACAAAGAGUCAGUGAGACAAGCAGCACCUGAGCCAGUCCUGGCAGAGUGUACAACUGUACAGCAAAAGAACAGAAUUGCGAAGAGGGCAAUCUCAACUUCAGAUAUCAGGGAAAUAAGAGGGAAUUGUCCAGAAAUGAAGAACACAGAGGUUACCGCAACCGGUGUAAAGCCACCCUCAUCUGUUUUUACAGAAAGAAACUUGAAGAAAGAUAACCUGGUGCCCCUUACAAUGGCGAAGUUUGUUAAGCCUGACCCCUUUCCUAUGGUUGAAAUCCUGCAUAAAGACCCAUUUGCCCAUCCUGAGCGCUGCCCCCCUGGAGAUGACGUGUCCACUGAGGGAUCCCAGACUGACACCCUUGAAGAACAAGGAAUUACAACAGAUGAAUUGGACAUUUCUUUAGUGUCUAAUAAUCCAACAGACCUGCUCUCCAAUUGUAAUGUCAGUGAUUCAGAAAAACAUCCUGAGGAACUCCGUCCUGCAUUUCUAAGAGGUUUUUCGCAAAGAAAGAAAAAAGCUGCACCUUCACCUCCAAGUAAUUUGAGCAAAAAAGGAGCCAUGGGAAAGCGUGAGCUGAAUCAAGACCAGGCACCCAGUGAAGACAAGACCUUCAUGUCAGCCCCAACAGAAUCUGUCAUACUGGAGUACCCAGCUGAAAAUACUAGUCAGAGUAAUCGAUAUGUUCGAGAAAAGGUGGAAACUGAAGCCAAGGAAGAGAAGUGGGUAGAAGACCCUUUUACCACCUCGUCCCACAUGUCUGCUGUCCCAACAUCUGCUGAGCCCUCCCAGACUUUUGUGGGUGUGCCCAGCCCCCAGACAGUGGCUGGGGGAAAGGCCCUGCUACGGGCUUGGAUCUCACCCUCUGAGACGCAGACGGUCACUGUGCUAGGUAGCAGUGGAGGUGGGCCAGCCUCAACGCUGCGCAGGCCUCACCCAGUGAAGCCUAUGAGCUCUAUGGACAGCCAGGCUCCCAUCAGCACAGCUGUAGUUAGAGACAUGAAGGUAUCUGAUGGCUCCCUGGGGAAAAUAAAGGUACCCGGCGUGGUGGAGACUGGGCCCUACACACAGUUGACCCAGGAGGAGCUGAUCACACUGGUGGUGAAGCAGCAAACAGAGCUUUCCAAGAAGGACACAAAGAUUAUUGAGCUGGAGGAGUACAUAGACAACCUGCUAGUGCGUGUAAUUGAGGAGAAGCCCAGCAUCUUGCUUGGUCUUAAUUCUGCCAAGCAGGCACUGUAAGGUGUGAGUGGAUGAGGGAACGGUUGGUUUGAAGGAAAGAGGCUUCCUCGCAAACAUUCCUUUUUAGUCAGGGUGUUAGUUGGUUUGUACAUGGGUUUUAUGUUGCUGUCACUGUGUUGGAUCAAACUAUCUCUUUUGGUCUCCUUUCCUUGGAGCAUAAGCACUUUGAGUAUCUUUGACUCCUCAUGAAGAGAAACAGUCUCUGGUUUUUCUUUUGGAAUGCUGGAAUGCUUUUUUUUCUACAACUAUAACAAUAGACUAGGACUCCAGUGAACUACAUGUCAAUCAUCAGAUAUUAAACAAACACACACUUUAAAAAAGGAUUUCACAAUGACUACCUUGUUACAACACUAUGGUACGGUUUCCCUUGUAUCCUCUCGGUAUAUGCAUCUCGUCAUUUCUUUGAUACUUUAAUUUAUAAGCCCUAGUUUACUCUGACUGGGACGUGUAGCCUAGUUAUGUUCAUGUCAUACCUUAAAUGUCUCUGGCCAGGCCUUUGAACAGUGAUUCCAUUGUGCCUACGAUUCAGUGGAUUUGGUUAUACUUUGGGUUCUAAUUAUCCCAAAGACUUAACACAGCACUUUUAUUUCAUGAUUUAACCUUAGCUUCUUUAAUUGAUUUCUAAGGUUAUUCUUCUUAAUGUAAUUCUGAGUUAAUUUAAUACUGUAGUUAGAGGGAUUAUUGAACCUGUGUGAUAAGGCUCACACAUGGUUUGAUUAGAAACACUCAACUAAGGCAAGAAACGAGACAUACUUUUUCUUAUUACAGUUGUUUGUGCUACUAUCUUUAUUUUAUGCGUGGUACCCCAUAGAUGAGAAUGCAAGCCAUGUAAUCAAGUUCUGAAGCAAUACUGUGGAUUUGAUCAUGUUUAUCAAUAGAGGUGCCUGCAAUUACUUUAUAAUGUAUUAUUAUUACCUACUAGUUACUUUGUACUCACUUGACUGUGCAGAGCAGGUUUUCUUUCUAUUGUGAAAAUAUUUAUGCAAAUGUCAGUGAACAAACUCAAAUAUUUAUGCAAUUUUAACCAAGACUUCAAAUCAAACUUCAGUUUCCAAUAUGUUUUUCAAUAUAAUGACAUGCAUUUAAUUUUUUUGUUGUUGAUGGUUGAAUUGAACAUGUCAAUGUUAGCAUAAAUGCCUUUUCUCUAAGCAGUAGGCUUUGACACUGAGAUUAGCCUUACAACUUCUAUAAAUCUUGUUUCUGAAUGUUGUCUACUCUUAUCUUACUCUUAUCAAAUAUGCCUUUGUGCAAUAUCAUGGCAAUAAGAUCUAAAAUAAUUCAUUAAUGUCUGUGCCUUCAGGAAUAUUAUACCUAAGAAUGUAUGUUUUGUGAUUACUGUAAGUCUGGUUUCCUUAAUGUUAACAACAUUUUUGUAUGUCCUCUUGUUAAAUUAAAUGCAGUGUAUACACUAUUUAAUCUUUUCAACUGAAAUAAAGGUCUAUAAAUCAG